GUAGCGGAGUCGGGGCGUGGCGGCGGCGUUCAGCCUGACCUGCUGCCUUUCAGUCGCCGUGUGUUAAAAAGCCUUUCGCAGUUGUAGUGUGAGGUGUUUUCUGCUCGUUUUUUGUCUCUCUUAGAGCAUGGACAUGUCGCAGCAGGCGCAGCUGAUGGAGCUGCUGAAGAAGGAGGUGAGGUCGCAGCUGCUGGCUGCCAAGGGGGGCCUCACCCCGGCCCAGCUGGAGCAGGAGUACCUGGCCAUGGUCGGCAGGCCGCUGCCGCUGCGUGACCUGGGGUUCUGCUCCACCAUGGAGCUGGUGGCCAGCAUGCCGGGAGUGGUCCAGAUCUGUCCCAACAGCAACGGAGGGUUUCUCCUCAAAGCUGUUGCCGAUGAGACCACCAAAGAUAUUUCCAAACUGAUUUCCAGACAGAAAACAAGUGGUAAAGCACGAAGUGUUGCUAGGAAGGGAAGAGCUGCUUUUCCCUCUCAGAACCAGCGGGGUUUGCCUCCAAAGGUCAAGACUCGUGUCCUGCCAGCAGCAGUGAAGAGGGAGCUGCAAGAUCUCUUGAGUUCCUCACCACUUCUGCUCUUGGAUUUCAACAAUGCAUACUACACACGAUUUAAGCGGACGUUCCAGUACAGGCAAUAUGGAUUUUUCUCCAUAUUUGAAGUCUUCGAAAGCUUGUCUGAUAUAAUUAUGGUUAAGGAGACAAGAGGGGGUUCCUUGAUAACCCUGAAAAAGAGCUCCUCAAGUGAGAUAGAGCAGGAAAAGAUGACACAAGUACCCAUGGCUGAGCUGCCUCCUUUGGAACCCAGCUGUGAGACAGAAGUCUUCCAUCAGGCAGCAGAAGAGAAGUCAGAACCAGUGGACGCACAAGCAGUAGGUCCGGGUGAUGGCCUGAAACAAGGAGAAGAGAGAACGAAUGCUCCCAACACAGGGGAAGUUCUUAUCCAGCCUCAAGAUUUGGAACAGUCCAGGCUGGAUAUAAUGAUGGUGACUUCAGACAUCCCUCCAGAUGCAGUUCAGGACAGAAGACUUUGCAGUUUGCCUCCACUGGAGACAAGGUGCUUGGUGGGAGUAAUUGUGAAUUUAAUAGUCUCUCCUGGUGAGUUCUACAUCCAUGUCUGCAGCACGGAAACUUCUGAUAAACUGUUGGAUCUCAUGAUUGAGAUGAGAUGCUGUUAUUCAAAUAAACUUGUUUCCGAUCGUUACAUCAUGCCUGAGUCUUCGAUACAGCCUGGGCAGCUUUGCUGUGUGAUGUUCUUACGAUGGUGGUACCGAGUUAUCAUCCACCGUGUGAUCAGUGACCAAGAAGUGGAGGUGUUUUACCCAGAUUAUGGAAAUGUAGGCGUUGUUCAAAAGUCUUGGCUGAGAUUCCUCAAAUGGUGCUACUUGAAGCUCCCAGCUCAGGCCAUCCCGUGUUCCUUGGCAUGGGUGAAGCCUGUGGAGGAUACAUGGACCAGUGAAGCAACUCACCAGUUCAAGGAGCUGUGCUACUCAAAGGUCCUUGUGGGCAUUGUGGAUGAAUAUGUGAAUGGCAUUUUGCAUCUCUUUCUGUGUGACACGUCCUCUGAGGAAGAUGUCUACAUUCACUCUGUCUUGAAGGAUAAGGGAUAUGCUGACAUCUGCAAAGAGAACUUACCUUCCCAGGGGUUCAAGGAAUUGAAUUCUUUAGCCUUGUAUGUUCAUCCUGGUGCAAAGCAGGAGAGUGCUGAACUGGUGGAGCCAGACCUUUGCUUGCAGCAGGAUUCUGUAGGUGCAGAUAAUGAAGCAUCAAGCUCCAGACUGGAUGAGAAUGAACUGUGUAAUCAGAACCUGUAUACAGAGGAGAAAUGGGAUGAUGUGCAGCCACUUCCAGUUGAAGUAAAUGACUCCAAAACUGCAGACCAAGUCCCUGAACUCAAACAGGAGGAUACAAAUAAAUCUUCCACUGACCUUAUGGCAUUGGUUAAGACACCUCAUCCUCUUGGAGAGUCCUUAAGGCCUACUGUCUUCUUCAAGUCAUUGGAAGACUACUUCUCCUUCCUCUAUGUCAAGCAACCAGCAGAAGCGAGCCAAAAUGGCCCUAAUAAUGUAGAAGGAUUUUCCGACAAAGCCCUGUCUUGUGAAGUUCUACAUGCCUCUCUUCUACUUAUGGCAGCACCAUUUAUGCUGGACAACCGUAACAGUGAUGAGAAAAUGAAGAACAAAGACCUUCCUGAGAAUCUUGCACUUGAGCAGUGCAGCGCCAGAGCGCUGUCUGAGCAAGAGAUGUCCUGCAAGCUCUAUGUCCCUCCUACCACGUUGUCUGCAGUGUUGGCAGCUGCUGCACGCUUAGCCACUUGUCGUGGCUACUUCCACUGGCUCCCAGGCCGAAGAAAGGAACUGUAAGAAGAGGUGAAAGAAGCAAAUGGAGCUGUUGCUGAGGAAGGCUCUGUGGAGCAGUGAAAUAUUACUGUACUGUCAUUCUUUUAAUUAUAAAGCACUUGUUUGAAAAACUUGUGUGACAUCUUCUCAGACAUGCCCGGUGCCUGUAGCACAUGUUACUUUUAGUGGAGGAUAAUAUUCUGUUUUACUUGUACUGGUCUUAUACUGCCUUAUUGCUCUUUAAUGAUUUAGAAGAACGUCUUGAGUGUCACGUUGUGCUCUAACCUGAGGAGGGGAAAACUGGAAAUGCAUCCCUCCCUCGGUGUGUGUGUACAGGAGGUGGUUAUGUUUUCAUCUGUUUUAACACAGUCGGUGCUCUUGCUCAAGCCUUGCUGUUAGGAGAGCUGUAUGCCAACCCUGUCACUAUCCACCCUUGUAAACAGCCAUUCCCCUUCCUGUUUAAAUGCUCCCUUCAAGUACAUUAUGCUUGGAAAGACCACUAUGACCAUCUAAUCCAACCAUCAGCCCAUGCCUGUAGACUGCUCUGGGCCAUGUCAGUGCAGCAUGUACCUUUUGCUUGGAGACUUCCAGGGACAGUGACCCCACCACCUCCCUGGGCAGCCUGUGCUGGUAUCUCACUGUGGCUGUUGAGGGCUUCCUUUCUAGGAAUGAACUGUGUGCCCAGUUGAUUCAGACCUAAGAGUUUUCCCUGAGAAGCACUGAUGAAGGAAAGAUGACUAUUUUCUUUGAAUUUCACCAUUUAGUUGUAAUUUUUGAAUGUGGAUGAGGGUAGAACUGCAGAGAGCAAGAAAGAAAAAUGGGUGGUUGUUAGUGAACAACUGGGCAAAAAGCCAGUGAAAGGAGGUGAAAGCAGAGAAGUUGAGAGCUAUGGGAGUUAUGCAUUGUGCAGCUGCUGUGUAGCCCUACAGGGAGUGUCAGAAGUUGCCUGACUUUCUGGUCCUGUGUUAAGGCCAUGAGGUUGUAACAAAAGUGUUUGUCUUCUAGCAUGAAAAUGGAUGAAACACUUGUGCUUGCUCAGAGUUGCGUGGGCAAUGGAGCUGGCUAGGUUUGAGUGCUUUUUUGUCUUAGUUUUUCUGCUCAUUGCAAUCUAAUAAAAGUCCUCAAAUGGGAA